GAUGACCAGAGACUGCGGACAGUACAGGGAUGACCAGAGACUGCGGACAGUACAGGGAUGACCAGAGACUGCGGACAGUACAGGGAUGACCAGAGACUGCGGACACAGUACAGGAGAUGACCAGAGACUGCGGACACAGUACAGGAGAUGACCAGAGACUGCGGACACAGUACAGGAGAUGACCAGAGACUGCGGACAGUACAGGAGAUGACCAGAGACUGCGGACAUACAGGAGAUGACCAGAGACUGCGGACAGUACAGGAGAUGACCAGAGACUGCGGACAGUACAGGAGAUGACCAGAGACUGCGGACA